CCUGUUUAUGUUUUAGUAUUUGCUAACGUAACAAUUUCAAGUUUUACGUAUCUGUUACAGUGUGUGAUAUUCGAUAGUGGGUUCAUAGCAGUUGAAUAUAUAGUAGUGGGGUUUUGAACAAGAUGGCCAUGGGUACGUUACCAGCAUGUGUGGUGGAUGUGGGAACAGGAUACACCAAACUUGGUUAUGCAGGGAAUACUGAACCUCAGUUCAUUCAACCAUCUUCGAUAUGUGUAAAAGAAUCUGCAAAUGUUGGAAACAAAGUUGCGAAGGGAGUCGAUGAUUUGGAUUUUUAUAUUGGGGACGAUGUACAAGAUAAACCUACGUAUGCCACUAAGUGGCCAGUAAGGCAUGGGAUUGUGGAAGACUGGGACUUGAUGGAGAAAUUUAUGGAACAAAUUAUUUUUAAGUAUCUUCGAGCAGAGCCAGAGGAUCACCAUUUCUUGAUGGUAAGGACUAAUGGACAAUUACAACUUGUGGUAUACUGGUUUCUGUUUAAAUGCAACCGAAAAAUACUGUUUUAUGAUGUAGUGCUAAUUAGAACAGUGCAGAGCCGGUGCCCUGACAUUGCUAAGGUUGGAAAAUAUGAGGCAGACCCAAAGAAAUGGAUUAAAGUUUACGAAGGGUUAAACUCGGUCACCCGUGAACAGUUUAACGUGGAUGUCGGGCAUGAACGAUUUUUGGGACCAGAAAUUUUCUUUCAUCCAGAAUUCUCUAACCCGGACUUCACUACCCCGAUAUCCACAGUAGUUGAUGAUGUAAUCCAGAACUGCCCCAUUGAUGUCCGUAGACCACUGUACAAGAACGUUGUGUUAUCUGGUGGUUCUACAAUGUUUAAAGACUUUGGAAGGCGUGUCCAGCGUGAUUUGAAAAGAUUGGUGGAUGCGAGACUCAAGAUAUCUGAAAGUCUCAGUGGAGGAAGAAUCAAGCCAAAGCCAAUGGAGGUACAAGUGAUAUCCCACAGCAUGCAGCGUUAUGCAGUUUGGUUUGGUGGUUCAAUGCUCGCUUCCACGGCCGAGUUCUACAAAGUCUGUCACACAAAAGCUGAUUACGAUGAGCGUGGCCCAAGCAUCUGCAGAUACAAUCCAGUGUUUGGCACAAUGUCUUAAGACCUAGCUUUGCACUUAAUGAUGGCAACUUAUCCAAUCAACUUCUUGCGACGAGAAAUUGUGUUUCAAUUAUCAUAUUAUUCCUAUAUAUUGUGUUAUAAACAGCUGAUCUUUUGCUUUUUAGGCAUUGUAUGUUCUGUAUGCACUGUUUAUAAUAUGUGAAUAAGAUAUAUCUUGUGCUUGGUUUUUGAUUAAAGAAAAUUUAGCUAAGGCAACAUCAAUGCCUAAUUAAUGAUGUUCAGCAAAACCCUAUUAUAUUUGGCAUGCCAUUCCAUUGUAAUAUGUAUGGUACCUAUCAAGCCACGCUAAAAACUUUAAGUAACUCGUCAAUAUUCAGGUAAAGAAAUGCUUGAAAUUCCUAAUUAACCAAUCAUUUAUCUUAACCGGAUAGGUUGUGCCUUCGUAUAAUUGUGCGAAGUAUUGCUAUCAACAUAUAUCUAACCGGUAUCGUUUUUAAAUACAAUGGAGUUUCAACUUUACAAAUAAGAGUUUUCAACAUUUAAAAUGUAAUCGGUGCAUGAUGUGUUUUACUUCUUAGCACGAAUACAUCAUUGUUCGAAAA